AUGGCUGGUUUCCAGAAUUCAAAUAAGCUUUUCACCGAUUCAUCUAACACCAAUCCUGCAUUAACAACUGCCAGCACUCACUACUCACCACAACAACACCCAACUACGCCGACUUCUCCGGCUCCUUCGCUCUCUAACACCACGACGUCUCCAAACAACAAGCCAAACUCUCCUCGAAAUAUCAGCAUACCCUCCACCACGUCGACAAACACGCAACCUUCGAAUAAUACCUCCAGCACCCAGAACUCUACUGCUGGUCCACGUUCUUUAACCUCGACCGCUACUCAAACUCCUCCUUCUGCUUCUGGUCCCCAUUCGGCUUUUACUCCUUAUAACCAGGCUCCUCAACACCCUACUCCGGUAACUACCCCUACUACUACUAAGAACUCUCUACCUCAAGAAGCUCCAGCAAUGAUGACUACUCAUUUGGACAGCAAUGGUAGUACUAUGAUUUAUCCUCAACAUCAUUUUGCUAACCCUACCACCCACCCUUUUUGGACUCCUUACUUUGGUGGUGGUAACCCCGCAAACGGUGCUACUGUUUUAUCCGCUAAUGGUGGUAGUGCUUUCGUUCCUGCUGUUGGUUACGGUAGUGCUGGUUCAGGAAUGGCUCAAGGUCAUACCCCUCGCCCAAAACUUACCACUACUAUAUGGGAAGAUGAAGGAACCCUAUGCUAUCAGGUUGAUGCUCGUGGUAUCUGUGUAGCUCGACGACAAGAUAACGACAUGAUCAACGGAACCAAAUUGUUAAAUGUUGUUGGAAUGUCACGUGGUAAACGAGAUGGUAUUCUAAAGAAUGAAAAAGGAAGAGUUGUUGUAAAAGUUGGGGCUAUGCAUCUAAAAGGUGUUUGCAUCUUUCUUCAUAAUUCAUAUGGUCCAUCAAUGUCAACUAGGAUUCCAUCUAUAGGUAAUGGUCCACAAUCUCAAUGGCGACCGACUCAUCCCUAUGCAAAUAAUUUCAACAACACACCAUAUUCACCUGAUACAUCACGACAAUGGUAUCCAUAUGGUAAUGGUAAUCCAAUCAUGGGAAAUCCAAAUGUACCGCAAGGCCAAGAUCAUGGUUCAUCUCCGUAUCCACCAGCCAAUGGAUAUGCUGAACGUCCUCAACAUGUUGCUAAUCCACCUGCUGUACCAAUAUAUUCGACUCAACAACCUAGAAAUCAUAAUCAUCAACAACCUCAUUUAGAAGAUUAUGAAACUGGUUAUGGUUUAAUAAACGGUCAACCUCAAGGACAACAAGGUGUUGCAGUGGUUCCUGGACCGCCGGUGAGUGGUUGCAAUCUAUUAAAGACUGCGACGACGGCUAAUUAUUCCAACAAACUACAAACACCUUUUAUGUGA